GCAAUUCCAUCGAGCCUAGUUCAUUUCAGUCAUCCGCUCAGUGCACAGACGGGACAAGGAGCACUUUCAGCGCUGCUUAUUUGUCAAAGUCCCCCCCACCCCCCAAAAAAAGUGAAAAUGGUAAAGUACAUGCGACAGCACAGCGAGCUGAAACCCGAAGAGGUUCUGUCGGAGUCUGAUGCUUCAAUGGACCAGCAGGAUUUCGGAGAAUUGUCCGACUAUUCUUUCAGCGACGUUUUAUACUCCAAAUGUUCCGCAAUGGACCAAAUCGGCACUUUCAUGAAGAACGUGCAAGUGCUGCUCGAUGCAGCAAAUUACCUAGAAAAUAUCGACAAGAACAACGGAAAAUGUGAGCAUGGUUAUGCUUCAACUUACCCUGUGGCCCAGACUGCACAUCAUCAGAAACAGCGUAAAUUCAAGAACAAGAAAUUGGACAAUAUUCACAAUAGGUCCGCACACAAUGAACUGGAAAAAAAUAGACGAGCACAUCUCCGCCUGUGUUUGGAGAGGUUGAAGUCCCUCAUCCCUCUGGGACCCGACUGCAGUCGGCACACCACACUGGGACUGCUCAACAAGGCCAAAGCACAUAUCAAGAAACUUGAAGAGAUGGAUCGGAGGAGUCUGCACCAGCUGGAGACCCUAGAGAGGGAGCAGAGGCACCUGCAGAGGCAGCUAUCCCAGCUGCAGACUCACGGAGAUAGGGAGAGGGUCCGUACGGACAGCGUGGACUCCCGCAUGGACUCUGACCGCUCAGAGUCUGACAAAGAGGAGAUUGAAGUUGAUGUGGAAAGCACUGAGUUCUCCCAUGGAGAAAUGGACAGUGUAAGCACCAGUGGUGCAAGUGACCUGGAUGACCACAGCAGCCGGCAGAGCUCAGCUAGUGAUGAAGGCUACUCCACAUGCAGUCUAAAACUGGCUUUCUCUGCUUAAAGCACCAGCCUAUACUUUCACUUCAGCUGCAGUCUUUUAUGGCUUUCACCUUUAAAGUACCAGCCUAAAGCUCCAUUCUCCCUUUGCAGUUUAGGUUAACUGUCUUCAGAAGAACCAGCCUCAAUCCCACCUUUGACCUGACAAAUGAAACGUCUACUCCACCCUGAGAACCAGCCUUAAGUUCAACUCAGCCUAAACCUUUGAAAAGCCAAGGGGCUCCUCUACAUCAGUCUGAAACAUUUUAGACAACAGCCUCAAAUUUAACUUCUCUGGCAAUAUACAGUUUCCUCAUUUUCAGAGUUGACUUAACCAAUCACCUAAAUGACCUUUAACCCAUUACCAGCUUGAAUCAACCAUACCUGCAAUCAAUACUGACCCUGUAGAGGACCCAUGAUCGCACCAGUGUCCAACACUGGAGGGGAAACUACCUUUAGUCAAGUUAAUCCUCUGAAACCAGCAAAAACACUAAAACCCCUAUACCAGCUACAAGCUCAUCAUUGGGAACGUUUGCUCCAUUUGCCUUGUAAAAACAUACCCCCUCUUCUUCGGAUAGCAUAUCCAGACAUCACUUCUUGUCAGUGUACAAGCCGGUGACAAGGGCUACAAUGUCUGCAUUCCAAAAUGUUUAUUACACUCCUAUAACCUCUGCUUUAGGACCCACAACCAACCAUCACUGAUCCAUGUGGCGUCCCUUCUCUUGACUGAAAUACAGUCAUAUCCAAACAGGUGGUGUAGUCCACCCUUGGUAUUCUAAUUUAUUUUGCAUUAUGAUUAUAGUAUUUAUUUUUGGUAUAUUUAAUUUUACUCUAGCUAGAUCUUGGUCAUGCUUGAACUUUUUUCAAAUUUUUUUUUUUUUAACAAGUUUACCAAAUUACAUGACAUUAAAUUUAGCCCCACAGAAGCAUAUGCAGUGCUAAAGGUUUACUCAAUGUUUUGUUGAAUGAAUCACAUCUCUUUCAUAUUGUGCGCAAAUGCAAUUUUAUAAAGACAGUAAUAAGCUAUCCCACACUUAUCCAAGCACAAGGCUGAAAGCAAUAAAGCAUCUAGUUUUAUCAUAUCCUUAAUGUUGGCUGUGUUUAGAACACUAUUCUGUCCGUCCAACACCAAAUUGCUUUUUGCUAGUUCUCCACUUGCUCCAGUAAUGGUAUCAGUUUUAAUAUUGAGCACUAAAACGAUUGUAAUUGAUUUUUUUUUUUUAAAAGCUAUGGUGCAUGUGUAUUGAAUGUAGCUUGUCUAAUCAUGUUGUAAUGUGCUUUGGAUUGACAAGUCUUAAAAAAUGUCUGUAGCAUGAACAUUAACACUACAGAAUACUAAUUUUGGUUUAUACUUCAGUGUUUAGUACUGUAUCUUUUAUGUAUUGUAGCAACAACAAAAAAAGUUCAAAUCUUUGAAAUUUGGAGACACCCCAUUAAUAAUUCUAUGUAUAUCUGACACAGAAUUGCACUGCUGACCUGUUGGAAUCCAUGAAACCAAAUUUUUCACAUUUCAAUAUGAUCAUUUAUCUGCAUUUUCCUGGUCCAAGUCCUAAGGAGAUCACCACCAAAUUGUGUCUUAACAUGGGUAUAUGACUCUUGCACAAAGUUCCUUGUUACAGGUCUUUUUCCCCCCCAACCUGUUUGGGAAACUAUAAAAUGCACUAUGAAAAAGACUUGUUAAGGAAGUAUGUCAAAGCACACCCCCGAAUGUUUUCUCUCAUGCUUAAUCAGCCAUCCAAGGUGACUUUGUUGCAAAAUAUGUGCUGCUGGUCCCCUGCUAGUACUUUGUUACAGUUCCUGAAACUUUCCCUGGAAUAAACCUCUACCACGCA